CGGGGCUUCGCAUUCUAGGAGCCCGACUCAGAGCAGGGGGACCUGAGGCCGAACCCCGGGGGUUCGGAAAGGGGGGGAGCCAAGUCCCGAGCAACCCGAAGAGGGCGUGGCCUCAGCGGGGCUUUGGCCUCUGGAGGUCCUGACACCUGACGGGGACACCCGAAGGGCAACGCCGAAAUGGAUCUUUCGAAGGGGGCGUGGCCCGUGCUGGGGCAGGCUUUGCUCCGAGGCGCGUGGGCCGGCAUGGCAGUGUUGGCCCAGACCAGAAUGUUGACCGCGGGGUCCGAGACGCCCCAGCGGGGCCCCGCGGCUCGGUUCGGGGCGGGGCCUCGUCUCUGUCAGCCCCGGGGCCUGGCGGGAUCGCCCGAGGGCGGAGUCCCGCGCCCAGGCGGCGGAGCCUGGCCCUCCCGCUCAGCAGGUGGCGAACGCGGCACUGAGCGAGGCUCCGACCCCCGAGACUCAGGGGCGGGGCUUCACCGAGACCGUCCCCCCCCUCCCCCGCCAGGCGGUGGGAGCCCUCCCCGCGGCGCGAAUCGGGCGGCGAGAGAAGUGCAGCUCUGUGGGUGACUGCUGUGCCCCUGGCCUCCCGCAGGAGGAUGCUGGUGGUGGAGGUGGCGAACGGCCGCUCCCUGGUUUGGGGGGCCGAGGCGGUGCAGGCGCUGCGGGAGCGCCUGGGAGUAGGGGGCCGCACGGUCGGCGCCCUGCCCCGCGGACCCCGCCAGAACUCGCGCCUGGGCCUCCCGCUGCUGCUGAUGCCCGAAGAGGCGCGGCUGCUGGCAGAGAUCGGCGCGGUAACCCUAGUCAGCGCCCCGCGCCCGGAUCCCCGCCAGCACAGCCUGGCAUUGGCAUCCUUCAAGCGCCAGCAAGAACAGGGCUUCCAGGAGCAAAGUGCUCUGGCAGCUGAGGCCCGUGAGACCCGUCGUCAGGAGCUCCUAGAGAAGAUUGCAGAGGGCCAGGCUGCGAAGAAGCAGAAGCUGGAACAGAAAUCAGGGACCAGCGGGAGCCAGGAGGCCGGUGGGAACCAAGCUGCAGAAGAGAAUGAGGCCAGUGCUGGCCAGGCUGCUGGAGAGCAUGAGGAAGCGGGUGAAGGCUCCUCCUCUCCCCAGCCAGGGCCUUCAAAUGGGGUGGCUCCUUUGCCCAGGUCUGCUCUGCUCAUCCAGCUGGCCACUGCUAGGCCUCGGCCCAUCAAGGCUAGGCCCCUGGACUGGCGUGUCCAGUCCAAAGACUGGCCCCACGCUGGCCGUCCUGCCCAUGAGCUUCGCUACAGCAUCUACAGAGACCUGUGGGAGCGAGGCUUCUUCCUCAGUGCGGCUGGCAAGUUCGGGGGCGACUUCCUGGUCUAUCCCGAGACGGAGCCGGCUGAAGUGUGGCGGUGGCGGUGAAUACUCCAACUUUAUACCGCGACUCAGAGGCUAGCUGACGGCACUUAAGUAACCACCCGAGGGCGGAGAGGAGUCCUCACUUCUCACCUGACGAUGCUCCGACACCUUGUCAGCUUGAAACGGGGUCCU